GCGCCGAGCCGCGGACCGCUGCCGCCGCCUCCGGCCGCCCUCGGGGGUCGCCGGCGGCUCCGCGCGGAGGGAGCGCAGCGUCGCGGGGGCGCCGCGCGCCCACCCCGCCCCCACCGCGGCCCGGCCGCCGCGCUCCCGGUCCUUCCACCAUGCACUUGCUGGGCUUCUUCUCUCUGGCGUGUUCCCUGCUCGCCGCUGCGCUGCUCCCGGGUCCGCGCGACGCGCCCGCCGCCGCCGCCGCCUUCGAAUCGGGACUCGGCUUCUCCGACGCGGAGCCGGACGCGGACGAGGCCCAGGCGUAUGCAGGCAAAGAUUUGGAGGAACAGUUGCGGUCAGUGUCUAGUGUGGACGAGCUCAUGACUGUGCUCUACCCAGAAUAUUGGAAAAUGUACAAGUGUCAAUUAAGGAAGGGCGGCUGGCAGCGUUACAAAGAACAGCCCAACAACAAUGCGAGAACAGAAGAGACUGUAAAAUUUGCUGCAGCACAUUAUAAUGCAGAGAUCUUGAAAAGUAUUGAUAAUGAGUGGAGAAAAACUCAGUGCGCACCCCGUGAGGUGUGUAUAGAUGUGGGGAAGGAGUUUGGAGCUGCCACAAACACCUUCUUUAAACCUCCAUGUGUGUCCGUCUACAGAUGUGGGGGCUGCUGUAACAGCGAGGGCCUACAGUGUAUGAACACCAGCACAAGCCACCUCAGCAAGACGUUGUUUGAAAUCACAGUGCCUCUCUCUCAAGGCCCCAAACCAGUAACAAUCAGUUUUGCCAAUCAUACUUCCUGCCGCUGCAUGUCUAAACUGGAUGUUUACAGACAAGUUCAUUCCAUUAUUAGACGUUCCCUGCCAGCAACACUACCGCAGUGCCAAGCUGCAAACAAGACUUGCCCCACAAACUACAUCUGGAAUAAUCACCUCUGCAGAUGCCUGGCUCAGCAAGAUUUUAUUUUUUCCUCAAAUUCUGGAGAUGACUCUGCAGAUGGAUUCCAUGACAUCUGUGGACCCAACAAGGAGCUCGACGAAGAAACGUGUCAGUGUGUCUGCAAAGGGGGGCUCCAGCCUUCCAGCUGUGGACCCCACAAAGAACUAGACAGAAACUCGUGCCAGUGUGUCUGUAAAAACAAACUUUUACCCAGCUCCUGUGGGGCCAACAGGGAAUUUGACGAAACCACAUGCCAGUGCGUAUGCAGAAGAACCUGCCCAAGACAUCAACCCCUAAACCCUGGAAAAUGUGCCUGUGAAUGUACAGAAAAUUCACAGAAAUGUCUCUUAAAAGGAAAGAAAUUUCAACAUCAAACAUGCAGUUGUUACAGAAGACCGUGUGCAAAUCGACCGAAGCAUUGUGACCAAGGACUUCUAUUUAGUGAAGAAGUAUGUCGCUGUGUCCCUUCAUACUGGAAAAGACCACAUAUGAAUUAAGACUGUACUAUUUUCCAGUUUGUCAGUUUUCUCUCUUGGAAAACUGUGUUGCCACAUUAGAACUGUCUGUGAACAGAGAGACCUUUGUGGGGCCAUGGAGACAAAGACAGAAGUCAGCGUUUGCUGACCCGUGUGGAUAACUUUACAGAAACGGACUGGAGCUCAUCUGCAAAAGACCUCUUUUAAUGACUGGUUUUUCUGACAAUGACCAGACAGCUGAGGUUUUUCUCUUGUGAUUUAAAAAAAAAAAAAAAAUGACUAUAUAAUUUAUUUCCACUAAAAAUAUUGUUUCUGCAUUCAUUUUUAUAGCAAUAACAAUUGGUAAAGCUCACUGUGAUCAAUAUUUUUAUAUCAUGCAAAAUGUUUAAAAUAAAAUGAAAAUUGUAUUAUAAACUGGUAAGAUCAGUCCAUUACUAUCUUCCACAAUAAGCAAAACUUGAUGAUAUGAAAACAUUCAUCUCCUCCUGCCCUUCCUCCUUUCCUCCAACCAGAUGUCAGAUUUUGACUAUUAGGAAAAAGUGUGAUCCUAAGAGAGAAAGUUCCAGAGGGACAACAGUUGCUA